UCCUCCUCCUGCUGCUGCUGCUGCUGCUCCUGCUGCUGCUGUUGUUUCACAGUAUCAGUGUUUCUGUGACUCCGCUGUGACCGUGGAGCUGCAGCUCAUCACAACUCACUGAGCCUCCGUCUGCACCGGACACGCACGAGGACAGCGCGAGGACACCCCGGGACCCGAUGCCUUUCUCGGAGGGAGAGCCGGCGGCGGCGGUGGUGCCCGCCUGAGACCGAGAGGAAGAGGAGGAGGAGGAGGAGUGAGGGGGAGUGAGGAGCUCCUGCACCGGGAGACGACAGCUCAGACGCGGCUCAGCGUCCGUCUUUGAGCCGGUGAAAUCAUCAUCCCUCUGAUCCACUCAUCCAUCGAUCGUCGGGAGCAGCGGGAGACGGAGGGAGCGCGCGCCCGGAGCGGAGACACCGGAGACAGCGGCGCGGACCAUGAGGACGCGGAUGAUCCGGAGCCGGACUGUGUUUUUCUCUGCGGGAUAAAGAACCCAGAUCACCCGAGAGGAAGAAAACAAAGAAACUAAGAAGAGAAGAAGAAGAAGAAGAAGAAGAAAAACAGGUUGUUUUCACUCAUCGAUCGUCUUCACUUAUUGAUCCAGUGAUCGGUCACUGAUGGCUUUUACGCACCGGGACCAGGAUCCGGAUUAUCCUCAGAGUUCCAUGAGAAGAAAAGGAGAAUAAUAAAAAUAUAAAACAACAACAACAACAAAAAGAAGAAGAAUAUUUUUUCUUAUUAUUAUUUUUUUUAAUUAUUAUUUUGUCUUCUGUUGCUGAAUCAAUAUCUGUAUCGAUCCCACUGAUCAGUGACUGCCACGGACGCACAGCCCGGGACCAUGAUCAGGAUCUUCCCGGAUUUCAGCGUCCAGGUGACGGCCUCAGCUGCCGGAGGAGGAGGAGGCGGCGGCAUGGUGACCGGACCCCCCGUGGGCCGGGUGCCGGUGCCCGGAGCCACGAACGGAAGCCCGCAGAGCGUGCAGGGUCUGAGCGGCUACCAGCAAAGUGACCCCUACUGGGAGCGGCCGGCUAAUGCGGGCAGCUGCUCCGCCGCUCGGCCCAAGACUCUUCACCUGGCCGGCCAGCAGCAUACCUCGUCACCAUGGCUGCAGGCUCUGAGGAAGGAGAAGUCACGUGACGCGGCGCGGUCGCGGCGCGGAAAGGAGAACUUUGAGUUUUACGAGCUGGCCAAGAUGCUGCCGCUGCCGGGCGCCAUCACCAGUCAGCUGGACAAGGCGUCCAUCAUCCGGCUCACCAUCAGCUACCUGAAGAUGAGGGACUUCGCCAACCAGGGAGACCCGCCCUGGAACCUGCGCAUCGAGGGCCCGCCCCCCAACACCUCAGUCAAAGCUAUCGGUACCCAGAGGAGGAGGAGUCCCAGCGCCAUCGCCUCGGACAUCUUUGAGCCUCACCUGGGCAGCCACAUUUUACAGUCUCUGGACGGGUUUGUAUUUGCACUAAACAAGGAAGGACGCUUCCUCUACAUCUCUGAGACUGUGUCCAUCUACCUGGGACUGUCACAGGUGGAGCUGACGGGCAGCAGCUCGUUCGACUACAUCCACCCCGGCGAUCACGUGGAGAUGGCGGAGCAGCUCGGCAUGAAGCUGCCACCGGGUCGAGGGAUGUCUCUGUCCCAGGGAGCCGUCAACGAGGACGGGGCGUCCUCGGCGUCCUCGUCGUCGCACUCAGACACUCCUGAACCAGUGGAGUCCAGCAGUCCCAGUCUCCUGUCCCCCGACAACACCCUGGAACGUUCCUUUUUCAUCCGGAUGAAGUCGACGCUCACAAAGAGGGGCGUUCACAUCAAGUCCUCAGGAUAUAAGGUGAUCCACGUCACGGGGCGUCUUCGUAUCAGAAUGGCUCUGACUCACAGUCGCUCGGUGCCCAAUCAGAUCAUGGGGAUGGUCGUGGUGGCUCACGCUCUGCCGCCGCCCACAAUCAACGAGGUUCGCAUCGACUGCCAAAUGUUCGUCACCCGGGUCAACAUGGACCUGAAGUUCGUCUACUGUGAGAACAGAAUCAGCGACUACAUGGAUCUGACUCCGGUCGACAUCGUGGGGAAAAGAUGUUACCAGUUCAUUCACGCUGAGGACGUGGAGGGAAUCAGACAGUGUCACCUCGACUUGAUAAACAAGGGUCAGUGUGUGACAAAGUAUUACCGGUGGAUCCAGAAGAACAGCGGCUACAUCUGGAUCCAGUCCAGUGCCACCAUCGCCGUCAACGCCAAGAACGCCAGCGAUAAGAAUGUGAUCUGGGUCAACUAUGUCCUCAGUAAUCAAGAGUAUAAAGACACGCCCAUGGACAUCUCCCAGCUGCCAAACCUGCCAGAGAAAACCUCAGAGUCCUCCGAAACCUCCGACUCUGAGUCCGAGUCCAAAGAAAACUCAGACAAUGAGAAGUCUGAGGGGAAACCAGGCCACCAAUCAGAGCGUGGCGAGGACCCCGAGGUGGACAGCAAGCGUCAGCCGCACUGCUCCUCUGAGCCGGACAUGAAGCGUCAGGAGGAGGGAGACAGCUCCAGUAACCCAGAGAGCCAGGACAGCGACGACAGCCUGGAACCUUCAGACGCUGAGGGGGAGGAGCCAGAGGAGGCCAGCGGAGGGGGAGGCGGGGGAGGAGGAGGACCAGGAAGGUUGGCGAGGAUAACAGCACUGGGAGGUUUGGGAGGACUGGGAGGACUGGGUGCCAUCGGAGGACUUGCUAAUCUGAGCGGACUUCAUAUCAAAGUCGAGCACUAUGGAGAGGGAGAAGAUCUUCAGCUUCACAACUCCCAAACGUCUUCAUCAGAGGAGGAGGAGGAGGAGGGGGAGGAGGAGGAGGAGGAGGACGGAGGCCUGCAAAACUGUGAUGGCGCUGACGCUGAAGGAAAGCUCCAGAAGCGACGGAAGAGGAGGAAAGUGCAGAAAUGGGAUGUUUCGCAAAGUAGGAGGCUCCGUCUUUCCUCCCCGCCGCCGAGCCCCGUCGCCAUGGGAGACGACACGCCACUGGCCGACCCCUCCGCUGACUCCUCCCACCUCCUCGCCUCCUCCGGCUCGCCGGACAGUCAAGGAGCGACGUCCUCGGUCCUGAAGAUCAAGACGGAAAUGGCCGAGCCGAUAAACUUCGACAAUGACAGCAGCAUCUGGAACUUUCCGCCCAACCGCGAGAUCUCCAGGAACGAGUCUCCGUUCAGCAUGACGUCCAAACCCGGCACCUUCCCCUCGCCACAGGGCGGCGCCCUCCAGGUGUCCAUCCCCGAUUCUGUUCUCACGCCUCCAGGAACUGAGGGCGGAGCCGGAGUAGUGAGGAAGCCUCCCUACAACGGAAGCUCCGCCCCUUCUUCUGCUUCCAGCGCUGCGAGUCUAGUGCCGCCGUCCAGCGCCUCCUCGGCCGACCCGCUGUCUCCUCCUCUCUCCGCCUCCCCACGGGACAAACAGCAAGCCACUCCCACCACCUCCUCGUCCUCGUCGUCCUCCUCUUCCUCGUCGUCCUCCUCCUCGUCGCUGCUGUACUCCGGCGACCUCGAGGCUCUGCAGCGCCUGCAGGCCGGUAACGUCGUUCUCCCGCUGGUCCACCGGGUGACGGGGACUCUGACCCCCGCCAGCACGCCGGCGCCGCGCGUCUACACCACCGGGACCAUCAGGUACGCGCCGGCGGACGUCACGCUCGCCAUGGCGCAGGGGAACCUCCUCCCCAACGCCGCCAUGAACUUCGUGGACAGCUCGGGUUUCGGCCUCGACCCCAAGACGCCGAUGGAGAUGCUUUACCACCACGUCCACCGGCUCAACAUGACGGCCGCUGCCGCCGCCGCCGGCCCCUUCGUCGGCUCCCCGGCGACGACCGGCGCCAACGGCGGCCUGGGGGGUCAGAUGCCGACUGGGGCCAACGUCUUCACGACGGCGGAGGGACUUUUCUCCACGCUGCCGUUCCCCGUGUACAGCAACGGGAUCCACGGCACGCCGGCCAGUCUGGAGAGGAAGGAGGAUUAACGACCGCACUACUGUGUUCCCCGAUCAACGACUGUGUCAAAGACAACUAAAACACUGUGUUCCCGCCAGGAAGUGACAGGAAGUGACAGGAAGUGACCACAAACGUACUCGAGCACUUUGAAUCUGAGCCACUGAGCUGGUGUUUAAAAGACACAAAGUUUCUAUCUCUCCUCUCUUUCUCUCCAUCCUCUUCUCUUUUCUCCCGUUUCUUGCAAUCAAGCAUUUUUCCUCCCAAACAAAGAAAAAAGAACUCUUCUCCUUCUUCUUCUCCUUCUUCUUCUCCUUCUCCUCCUUCUUCUUCUUCUUGUGAAGAAUUUACUUUUUUUUGCCUCCAGAGAAUUCACGUCGCCUGAAGGAACGAGAGGAAACGUCUUAUGACUCGUCGUCGUCGUCGUCGUUGUGGUCUCGAUGUGAUCGAGGCUUGAAAGAACUUUCCUCCGACAGAAACUAUCAUAAUAAUAAUCUUUUUAAAAACAGGAUUUUGAGGAACGCUUCUGUAAAGACUUUGAUUUCCUCUCUUUUUUUAUGAAACAUUCUAGCUCAGAUUUAAUGGACGACAGAAAACAAACAGAAAAAAAAGCAAUUUCAAACCGGGUAACGACCUGUGAAUUAAAGAAUGUGAAGAAUUCCUCUUUGAUCCAAACGUGACUUCCUCCACGUCUCUUCCUCUCGCUCGUGUCCGUGUGCAUCCACACAUUCAUGGUGCUACGAUCAUCAAACCCUGGCUCAGCCGGCUGACGCGGGGCGUUGACGGACACGCGCUCGCCCUCUUUCUUUUUUUAAAUCCAUCUUUUUUUUGAGGUUUUAAAUCCGUCUUUUUUUUGGAGGUUUUAAAUCCGUCUUUUUUUUUGGAGGUUUUAAAUCCGUCUUUUUUUUUUUGGAGGUUUUAAAUCCAUCUUUUUUUUGGAGGUUUUAAACCCGUCUUUUUUUUUGGAGGUUUUAAACCCGUCUUUUUUUUGGAGGUUUUAAACCCGUCUUUUUUUGGAGGUUUUAAACCCGUCGUUUUUUUUGGAGGUUUUAAAUCCAUUUUUUUUUUUGGAGGUUUUAAAUCCGUCUUUUUUUUGGAGGUUUUAAAUCCGUCUUUUUUUUUUGGAGGUUUUAAACCCGUCUUUUUUUUUGGAGGUUUAAAAUCCGUCUUUUCUUAUUCUGACCUUCAGGAAAGUCAGAACCGCAGCAGGAACCUCUAACGUUGCCCCCCCCCCCCCCCGUGUCACGUCAACCCUUUUUUUCUGUUUCUUCUUCUUUGUGUGAAGCGAGCCACGAGGGGGCGGAGCCGCGGGGGGGUGGAGCCACUCUGCGACUGUGAAUUCUCAGUGAGACUGAGGCUAACGUGCUUUAGCGUCACUAACUUGAAAAAUGAAUGUUGAAAACUCCUCGACCGGCUCCUGUUUGAUAAUUUUAUUUUUCUACAACUGACAUCCUCUUUCCUCCUCCUCUUCCUCCUCCUCCUCCUCCUCGCCGCCGUCGUCUUCUUCCUGAACCAGAAUCACCUCCACGAGAUUUUCCUUAAACAAUCCACUCUCUUCCAUCUCAUCACUGGAUCCUGUGAAUUUUACCACACACACACACACACACACACACACACACCAACAAAGAGAUUGUAAUAAAGACUUUUUCAAUCAACAAGUGCGAGAAAAAAAAACAAAGAACAGAAAACGGACUGUUUUUGUUUGAGGAAGAAAAAAAAAUCACACUCUUUCAUUUUUUGUCUCCUUUGCCAAAAAAAAGAAAGAAUCUCACUGUGAUUCUCGUUCAUUUGUAAACUUUUGUUUUUACUUUCUGGGUAAAAAGAGGAAAAAAGAAGAAAAAGAAAAAGUAAUAAUUAAUAAUAAUGAAACUGACUCCGCCCUCCCGCCAUCUUUAUGUGAUUAAAGCCGUAAAAAAACGUGUAACGAUCCGUGUUUUAUCGUCACUGGCUCUCUCUCUCUCUCUCUCUCCCUCCCUCCCUCCCUCUCCCUCCCUCUCUCUCAGUGUGUGUGUGUGUGUGUGAUUAUAUGCAGUAUAUACUGAGCUACUGUAGCUGUUUUUGUCCUUUGUCUUCUCUGUGCUCUAUCUCUUGUGUGGGGCGA